AUGUUUAUCAGAAAAAUUGUUGACGAGAUCACCAGAAAACUGAAGAGCACAUGGGUAGACGUAGUCACCGAACAAGUAGAAUUAGAUUCAAGCAUGCAAGAAAUCAGUAAUGAUUUAAAGGUUCAUGUUGGAAAAGAUUCUCGAUGGCAAGAAAUUAGUACUCGUUUAGAUAUUGGAGGCCCAAAAGAUGCUCACAUUCAACACCAAGGCCCACGGCCCACUGCUUUCAAAGUCAACAAAGCGUCGGUCAAGAUAAAGAAGCGACCACCACAUGCAGUUGUGAAACGCCGCCGGACUGUGGUCAUCGAAGCCAAUCCUAGUGAGUUCAGGUCCUUAGUCCAACGCUUUACCAGCACUUCCUCUUCACCGUCCUCCGGUGAUGGCGGCCUCUCACCAGCCGCAAGACUCGCCUCCAUCAACAAAACAAGCCUUAAUUCUUCUUCCACUUCAGAUCACAAGAAGCCUUUGAUGCCCACCAUUUCUUCUCAUGAUCGACGAAGACUUCAUGGGAAGUAUUUGUAA